AAAUGGUAUCCAUGUGAAACAACAGAGUUCAUGCUCCUUUCUCUGUCCUUGUCUUUGAAGCCCUUUUUUUACAACGUCUUUCUCUUCCUUUUUGAUUCAAGAAUAAAAUAAAGUGCAGUAACCCUCUUCCAGUUUAAGAACAAUAUGGCCACGACUACCAUUGCUGGACAUAAGAGAAAAUCGCCACCAGAUGAUGUGUGUACUGAUGUCGACUUAUCAAUCAGCUUUCAGGAUGGGAAUAAGUUGUUCUUCAAGGUGAAGCAGAAUUUGGAGUUUUUUAAGGUAUUCAGAGAUUUCUGUAAUAGAAAGAAGUUGGAAUACGAGACCUUGAAGUUCAUACAUGAGGGUACUGAAGUUAAGGGGCGUCAAACACCCAAAAUGCUGAAUUUGGAAAAUGGUGCCGAGAUCUUUGCCGUGAGAAGCCAAGUUGGAGGUGGUGUUUCUUAUUGAGAGGGGUUAUUUCAAUUGGUAAGAUGUUGGAAACAUAACCUUAUAUUUGCUUAUGGUAUUUAUAUUAUAAAAAAACCCAGUACUUUUACUGUUUGUAAAUUAGACUGUAAUAUGG